AUGUGAAGUAGUAGGUCACAUGAAGUCUUAGCCCUCUUCCCUUCUUUCUCCAUCAUCCCCUUUUCUUGUCCUUGCUCUCAACUUUCAUUUGGUUAAUUAGGUUUUUAGGGUUAUCACCAUUACCACCACCACCAACAUGCCUUUCCUUCUACUUUUCCCCCAAAUCCAACAUGCCCAACCCUAAACCCUAAAAUUAUAAGGGAAGUUCCAUAAUUUCCCUAUUCUUGCAGCCCCCACUUUGUGAAAACUCCCUCCCCGCUUCGGUCGCUAUUCGCUUCCCGUCCUUUUCCUCCUACACAAACGAAAAGUUCGAAUUUUCAAAUUUCUAUACAGCCCAACGCUCAUAAGCACCUCCGUCCCGCCAUUUCUCUUCCUGUUCUCAGCCCUGUAAAUUCACGACAAAUUCAUUGAGCCCUAGAAAACUCACCCAAUUCUUUCACUCCCUGAUAGUGUCCACCCAAUGGCAGCCUCCAGCAGAGACAGCAUUUCCCAGUACUUCAAGAAAGGUGCCGAAGUCGAAAUCAGCAGUGACGAAGAGGGUUUUCGCGGAUCGUGGUACGCAGCAACUGUCGUUCGACCGCCGGGAAAUGUAAAAAGAGGUUCUGCUAAGGUGCUGGUGGAGUACAAAACUUUGACGGAGGAUGAGAAGGGCACACGGCCGCUGAGGGAGGAGCUGCAACUGGUGCAGCUGCGGCCGCCUCCUCCACGGGAGAAACGCCGCAGCUUCAAGUUCAGUGAGGAGGUGGACGCCUACUACAGUGACGGGUGGUGGGAGGGGAUAAUCACAGAAGUGGUGGGUGAGGAUAAGUAUUUGGUGUUUUUCCGUGGCACCAGGGAGCAGAUAGCCUUUAAGGGCUCAGACCUGAGGCUGCACCGUGAGUGGGUUCACGGGAAGUGGGUCCCACCAUUGGAACCUGCCCAAGAUGUCAUCCCUGAAAUUGAGAAACUUCCACCAUCAACUGAAGUGGAAGCUGCCAAAGAGAUGAAUGAACAUAAUUUUAGUCCUGGAGAAGUCGUUGAAGUUAGUAGUGAUGAAGAGGGCUUUGAAGGUGCUUGGUUUACUGCAACUGUUGUGAAAAAACUAAAGGCAGGCAAGUUCCUAGUUGAGUACCAAACUCUCAGGAAUGAUGAUGACACAGACUUCCUGAGAGAAGAAGUUGAUACCUUCCAUAUAAGGCCAUGCCCGCCUGAUGUUGGAUUGCUCGACCGUUUUGAUGUACUUGAAGAAGUUGAUGCUUUGUAUAAUGAUGGUUGGUGGAGGGGAGUGAUCUCUAAGGUUCUAAAAAAUGACAGAUAUUCGGUGUACUUCAAGAAUACGCAAGAGGAAUUAAAGUUCAAGCAUUCUGACCUGCGGGUCCAUCAGGAUUGGGUAAAUGGCAAAUGGGUUAUUGCCUCGAAGGCUCGGCAGUUGUAGAAGCUCACCAUUCCUUUCCAUAGUGUAUAUGCUUUCAAUCUCCCUGUUGAAAUGUUCCUGUACCAUACCAAAACUUAAGUUGGGAUCUUUAGACUUUAGGAUCCAUCUUUAUUAAUCCAGUUGAUGUUAUCUUCACCGCUGAAAUUUUAUGAUGGCUUUCUGAUAAAUUAUGUCUGGGUAAGUCCAUUUUCAUUUUGUCUGAAAUGUAAGGUUCAAAUGAUUAUUUAGAAAGGUGAGAAAGAUUGUGUUGGUUAAUUAGUUAUUGGUGAA